AUGCAUUUCAAACCCUCAUUUAUCAGCCUGGUGGCCCCACUACUAGCUGGCCUGCCCAUCGCUCUAAGCGCAGAGGCCUACCCAUCACUUCCGACAUGGAAAUGCACCGCCUCAGGAGGCUGCGUGGAGCAGAACACCUCAGUCGUGCUCGACCAGGUCGCUCCAUUUGCCCAGGGCGCCCCCGGCUCAAGAACAGCGGAUGACUAUGCAGCCAUGGGGGUUUCCACUUCAGGGAAUGCAGUGACUUUGUAUCACUACGUUAACAGUGGCGGCACACUCAACGCAGCAUCGCCGCGUAUUUACCUCAUAGACGAAAAUGGAGAAUACGUUAUGAUGACCCUCCUUGACAAUCAGGAGCUUUCUGUGGACGUCGACUACUCGACGCUCCCUUGCGGAGAGAAUGGUGCCUUUUAUCUGUCUCAAAUGGAGGCUGAUGGUGGGAGUAGUGGUGGUGCAGGCGCUGGCAUGGGUUACUGUGAUGCCCAGUGCCAGGGAUACUGCUGUGCUGAGAUGGAUAUUCUCGAGGCAAACUUAAUGGCGACGGCCAUGACGCCGCAUCCAUGCAAGGGCGACAACUGUGACAAGGGCGGCUGCGGAUUCAACCCUUAUGCAAGCGGUCAGCCCAACUUCUAUGGAGUCGGAAAGACAGUUGACACGGGUAAGACGUUUACUGUUUUGACACAGUUUAUUGCCAGCGGGGGGGUUUUGUCGCAGAUAACACGCAAGUACAUCCAGAACGGACAGGAAAUCAACAGUGGAGCCAUUUCUAGCUGUGGCUCAGUGAAAGGGACGGGUGGUAUGCCCGGUAUGGGCGAGUCCCUUGGGAGUGGUAUGGUGCUGGCAAUGAGCAUCUGGAACGAUGCUGCACAGAACAUGGGCUGGCUUGACGCAGGCGGCAAUGGGCCUUGCACCGACGGCGAAGGCAGCCCAUCUAAUAUCAAGGCUCAGCACCCCGACACUCACGUCGUAUUCUCCAAUAUUAGAUGGGGGGACAUUGGAUCUACUACUAGUGGCGAGAACUGAGUAGAGAGGCGUCAUUUCGCUAGCCCUGUCAAUGAGCCAUGCUCCAAGGGGUCGCAGCUUUCUAGAGGCGAGGAGGAGAAGGGGAGAGGUUAAACUGGAUUACAACGAGUGAUGAUGCUGAUGAUGGCAAAUGGCGAGGGACACUAUUUGCUGACGAGGAUUUACGACGAGGAUACUAAAUAUGGAUAUACCGAAAAUAAAAGAGUAGGGUAUACUUUUCACAGGAAACAG